AUGAUAGCCAAGUGUAAUCGUCCAUUCAACGACUCUGAGUUUAUAAAAAAAUGUAUGUUAGCCGUUGUAAAUGAAAUAUGCCCUGAGAAAAAAAAACAAUUUGAAGACAUCAGUCUCUCAGCUAGGACCUGUGUUAGACGUACCGAAGAGUUAGGAACAAAUUUAAUAUUCAAACUGAAAGAAAAAGUUUCUAAAUUUGAUUGUUUUUCUAUCGCAACUGACGAAAGUACUGAUGUUAAAUUAGCUGAAUUAUGUAGUUUGAAGGGAACUACAACGGGAGAAGACUUAUUUAUCGAAAUUGACAAAACAUUUAAAAAACUUGGAUUAAGUUGGAACAAACUAGUUAGUGUUACUACAGACGGUGGUAGAAAUAUGAGUGGAAUUAAUAAAGGAUUAAUUGGGAGAAUAAAUGCGAAAAUGGUGGAAGAAAGACAUGAAGCACCUAUGAUAUUUCAUUGCAUCAUACAUCAAGAGGCAUUAUGUUGCAAAGUUUUAGCAUGGAAAGAUGUAAUGAAUAUUGUAGUAUCGAUGGUUAACUACAUACGCAAAAAUGCUUUGGCACAUCGUCAAUUCAAAAUAUUUUUGGGAGAAUGCGAUGCUGAAUAUGGGGAUGUAAUAUAUUUUUCCGAAGUAAGGUGGUUGAAAAAAGGAAAAAUUGUACCAGAAUUAUCAAAUGAAAAGUGGGUUCUUAAUCUGGCAUUUUUAACUGAUAUAACAACUUUAUUAAAUGAGCUGAAUACAAAACUGCAAGUGAAAUUAAAAUUAUUACACAAACAUAUUAAUGAACAGCACUUGGAUCAUUUUGUAUGCUGUAAAACUGUAUUAGAAUCAACCAAAUCAACUUUAAAUUGGGAAACUACAAAAAUUAAUUUUUUAAAUAUAAUAGAAAACCUACAAAAUGAAUUUUCAAUACGAUUUUCUGAUUUUUACAUGGAAGUCAUAGAAUUGCAAAACAACGAUAUUCUUAAAAAUGCUUUUAAAGAAAGUAAUGACCUAAAAAUAUUUUAUUCAAGUCUUUCUGAAAUAGAUUUUAAAGGCAUUAAAAGUUUUCCUAAAAAAAUGAUUACUGCUUUUGGUAGCACAUAUAUUUGUGAGCAGACAUUCUCAAUACUUAAAUUCCGAAAAAAUAAAUAUUGUUCACGGUUAAGCGAUGAACACUUGAACGCUGUUUUAAGGAUAUCAACAUCCAAUUUAAAAGCGGAUAUAAAUGAAUUGGCGGGAAAAAUUCAACCUCAAAAAUCACACUAG